CGGUGGAACGGUUUCCUUUAGUAACGGAACAAUAUCUUCACCUGGAUUCCCAAUCGGUUACAGAAAUUACGAAAAUAGCAUUUGGAAUGUUGACGUGUCUCCUAACUCUACAGUCGUCCUAUCAUUUAAAUUGUUAGACUUGGAAAGAGGUAUCGACACAGUUUCCAUCUACAAACGCAAAGAAAAUGAGAGAAAUCUUCAACAUGUGAAAUCAUACAGUGGUAAUGUUAUUCCUGAUGACCUUAUCAUGGAAAAUUCGCUUUCGAUAACAUUCACAAGUGACCAUUCAGUGACUGGGCAAGGAUUUUUGUUAACUUGGGUUAUAUAUAAAGGUGUAGUUCCAAGAUUUUUAGAUGAUAGAGGUAACUUCUUGCGUAUAACAUCUAUUAAAGGCAACAAUGUCGCAUUACUAUGUAAUGCUAUUGCAAUACCCAAACCAAAGAUUUUAUGGAAAAAGGAUGGUUUUCCAAUUUCCCAAAGGAAAAUGUCGUUUAUAUUGAAGCACAAUGGUAAUGAGCUUUUCUACCCUCGUGCAAAGGAAUUAGAUGCUGGCUUGUAUACGUGUGAAGCAGGAAACUACUUGGGAACAAUACAUCGCAGCUUUCUUGUAUCAGUUUAUGUUGCACCAGUUGUAGUUCGUCAUCCUGCCAGUAUUCACUUCGAACCUUUCCUCGAACGCUUUCAAAAUGCGGCAUUUUGGUGCGAAAUUUACGGGAUUCCAGAGCCUGAUGUCAAUUGGAAAAAGGAUGGAGUACCAAUCGAACUAACAAGAACUUACUUUAGAAAGGGAAGGAGAUGGCUAAUAAUAAGGAAUGUGUUUAUCUCUGAUUUUGGGAACUACUCUUGCUAUGCCAACAAUUCACUGGGGCAAGCAGAGUCGGUUCCAGCUACGCUAUCAGCAAAUAAUUAUAUCUACAGUGGUGUCCUAUACAAUUCGCAGUUAACAGUCCAUCCAAAUGUUAACAUAUUCGGACAUGUUGACAUUAAUAUUUUCUGCCGAUCAUGCAGACGAUACGCGUCGAGUACACGAGGAAAUAAUACUCUAGUUAGCGUUUAUAAAAAUGGCGUCUACAUAAAUACGUCAACCAAUAACCGAACCUUUCUGGUGCAAAAAACAAAUGAAAUUUCAUUUACAAUUUUAAAUGUGACCGAAGCAGACGGCGGAAUAUACGAAAUUAGAGAGAAUGUUGACAACACCUCUCUGUUUACAAUAAUUGACGUUCAAGUUCCACCAAACAACACAGUGAUCACAGCUACAAACGAUGUCUCGAAAAGUUUUACUGACAAUAGAACAAUUGUUUGCCAAUCUGCUCUCGUGUAUCCCCAACCAUCCUUUGUUUGGUACAAAAACGGAAUGACUAUAAACAACCAGUCCGAUAAGCAUGAAAUUGUUGACGGCCAUUUUACGAGUUAUCUGAUACUAAAAACCAACUCGAUUAUCCAAACUGGUGACAUUUACAACUGCACUGCUAUUAAUGAUGCUGGAACAGGAACUGCAAGUAUUACAGUGACUUCUAAAGUAAAGGAUGGAUGGAUAGACUCUAACAGGGGGUCGCAAUGCAGUGUAUCUUGUGGUUCAGAACCUGGUAUCAUACUUGUACAGCGGCAAUGCAUAAAGAGCCAACCAAGAUGCAAAGGACAAUCAGUCUACACACAAACAUGUCAAGCAAACAAUUCCGGUCCGUUCUAUGAAGCUACAGCAUCAGUCAUGACAACUUGGAUGUCAACUGAAAUCAACAAUAAAACAACAAGUAUAAGAGCUACAGAAGCAGUCACGACAACUUGGAUGUCACCUCAGAGCGACCAAAAAACCACAACACCCUCAGCAACCGCGACAACGUGGAUGACAACUCAAAGCACUAAUGAAAAGACAAAAACAACAACAGCACCCACGACAACAAAGACAUCAACUCAAAAUCUUCAUCAAACUACAAAUGACUAUAUAACUAAUCCUGCUCCAUCACAGAAGUCUGCUUACAUAUCUACUACCGGUGCAACGUUAGCAACACCCACAGCACCCGCUACAACGUGGAUGACAACUCAAAGCACUCAUGAAAAGACAAAAACAACAACAGCACCCACGACAACAAAGACAUCAACUCAAAGUCCUCAUCAAACUACAAAUGACUAUAUAACUACUCCUGCUCCAGCACAGACGUCUGCUUACAUAUCUACUCCCGGUGCAACGUUAGCAAAUAUUAAAGUAUCGACGCACACAAAAAAAUCAACUCAAAUUUCUCAGACGACAAGGAAAGACAAUACCACUACUAUCGAUCCUUCACAUAGUUCGGUUCAUAUUAGUAGUCGAAUCUCAAUAAAGACAACAUAUGACAGUAAACAAGAACUGUCUCAAGGUGCUGUUGCAGGGAUAUCUCUGACAACGAUAGUGAUCACAGCUGGUAUUCUUUCUGGAAUUGUUUUCUAUAUUAUUUGGCGCCGGAAUAAACAAAAAAUACCGAGCUCUGCCAGGAAAGACAAUACGUCGGCAAUCGUGCUUAGAAAUAGAGCGAAUGACAAGAGUCCAAAACAGAAAUCAAGUAUGAGCAAAAAGGGGAAAGAAGAAAAGGAGUCAAUUAGCUUGAAAUUUCUUCUCUGCAGUCAGGCUCAUAGCCAUGGACACUCAGGUAAUAAAGUGCAGAAAAGAAAUCCAUCUCGAUCUAUCAAUCAAAGCAUUGAGGAGAACCCUGCAUAUAUAGCAACAAGCCCUGCAAUGGACGAUGCUGAAGAAAAUCCUGCUUAUAUUGAAACAAGACCUGUAAAAUUCUAUGUGCAAGAAACCCCGGCAUACCUGACACCAAGCUCCGCAGUGGAUACUGCAAACAAAAUCUUUGCAUACAAGGGAACAAGCUCUGCCAAAGGCACAGGAGAAGAGAACCCGGCAUACAUUGCAACAAAUCCUGUUACAGCAAUACAUAGUGUAGACGAAAACUGUGCAUACAUGACAACAAGUCUUGGAUUGGUCAAACAAGAAGAGAACACUGCCUACAUUGAAACUAGGCGUGAAAACAACAAUUUGGAAGACGAUUACGAAGCACCGUGCCCAAUAUAUGAAGAUACUAGUGAUUGUUGAUUACUACACGGUGUACCAGAAUUGUUGUGUUGGAUUGUUACUUUUCCGACGAAGUCUGAUUUGAGUUGUUGUUCUAGAUGUGUUUGUUGUGUAACGUUAGAUGCGAGAUGAAUACGACAUAUGGAUUUCAAUCAAUAUUGCAUUACU